UAGGCUAAUAUUACAGCCGGAGGACAGCGAGGUUGGUCUCCUUGGUCAAGACAGGAAACCAGAAUCUGCCACGCGUACAACAAACAAUUCAUGGCCGCAAAUGUUAAAAGAAAAAUCUAACAAGACUUUUCCUUUUAUUUUAUUUAUUAGCCUUAAACCCCUGUGCCCACGGCUCUGGUGGCUCCAUUUGAUCCUCUACUUUUCUCCGAAAGAUCUGGGUUCCUGUCUUCUGGGUUUCUAUUCAAAAUGCAAAUAUCCAAAACCUAUGGUUUUGGGUUCUAAACGAAGAGAGGUUUUAGCAGGGGAUUAUAUAAGAGAGCAGAUUAUAUCUUGAGAAGAGAAGCUGCAUUGUUUCCGUGUUCUACAAUAUUCGUUGUUGAAUUUGAGAGAGAGAGAGAGAUGAAGAUACAGUGUAAUGUCUGUGAAGCAGCGGAGGCGAACGUGCUAUGCUGUGCUGAUGAGGCAGCUUUGUGUUGGGGGUGUGAUGAGAAGGUCCAUGCAGCAAAUAAGCUAGCAAGCAAGCAUCAGAGAGUCCCUCUCUCUACCUCUUCUUCUCAUAUUCCUAAUUGCGAUAUUUGUCAGGAGACAGCAGGAUUUUUCUUUUGUCUAGAAGAUCGAGCUUUACUCUGCAGAAAAUGUGAUGUUGCUAUUCACACAGCAAAUGCCUAUGUGUCUGGUCAUCAGAGAUUUUUACUCACUGGAGUAAAAGUAGGUCUAGAACCUACUGACCUUGGCGCAUCCUCUUCUUCAGGAAAGUCACCUUCUAGUGAAAAAACUUCCGAGAUGAUAUCCCAUUCUGUUUCUAGAAGAGGAAAGCCAAUGCCAGUGGCUAGCCCGCACAAUUAUGCUUUGCCUGCUCAGGUCAGUGGCGCUGGGGAGGUUGAACAAGCAAAGGUUUCUUAUUUUGGGGGAGCAGCUGGAGGCAUGCCACCAUGGCAGAUAGAUGAAUUUCUUGGACUAAGUGAUUUUAAUCAAAAUUAUGGCAAUAUGGAUAAUGGAUCAUCGAAGGCUGAUAGUGGGAAGCGCAGUGAUUCUGAAAGCUCUGCGUUCUUAAGAUCUGCCGAUGAAGAGGUAGACGGUGACGAGUGCCUGGGUCAGGUGCCAGACAGCUCCUGGGCAGUGCCACAGAUCCCCUCGCCACCGACUUCGUCAGGACUGUAUUGGCCGAAACGUAUUCAUAAUCAAUCAGAUGGUGCAGACUUUGUUCCUGAUAUAUGUUGCUCAACUCUGCAAAAUCAUCAUCAUUAUCACGCAAAACGACGUCGGCUUUAAGAUUCUCUGCAUGCUGGAUCCUUUUAAAUUUGGAUAUUUGUUUAAAACCCAUCUUCUGAUGUAAAGCCUAUUGUUGUUAAAGCAGGUAUAUGCAAUGUGUUUCUACAGUGAUCACGGAUCUGAAUGGGAGUUGGUGUUAUGCUAUUACUAUUUAGGGGUUGUAAGAUAAUAGGGUGGUUACUCUUAGAGCCUUUUACUAGAUGUAGUAAAAGUUGUAGUUUCUUCGGUGAAUAAUUCACUUGAGAAAAGCUUGAAUUAUUUAGGCUUAAUUACAAAAAAAUUCUCGAA